GAUAACUGCGAGUAUUGAACGUUUAACUCUGUUUCGCAUUGCGAGCUUCCUGAAAAAUUCUUCUAUGCCCUAUCAGUGAUUACCACAUUGAUGGAGUUUUGGGAUGAGAAGAAAAGAGCCCUAAGGGCCCUGGACUAUUUCAAAUUUUUCGACAAUGAUCAAGUCAUUAACGCUUGCAGAAUUGGGACCAUUAAGCAAUAUAAUCCCUUGGAGACAAUCUUUAAUGAGGAUAAAGGCACUUUAACAAACGUCCACUUUGUGCUUAGUGGUGAAUGUCUUUUACUUCAAUGCCUUAACAUAACGGUCUCUUUAAAAAAUGGAAAAAAGAUUUAUCAACUGAGGGAUGCAUCAGAAGAAGGUAUUUCUUUCAUGAGCACGAUAAAAACACGAUCAAACCCAAGGCAGCUGACAGGGAAAUGUGCUUCAAAUGAAAAUAUUGCUGAUUUUGGUGGUAUAGCGGGAAAAAACACUACAAAAUCUAUCAAGUCUGCGGUUAACAAAAACGAAAGUCAUUUUAUUGAUGUUGGAAAACUUACAUUUGGAGCAAUAUUUGGAUUGGGCGAGAACAUGCAGCAUCGCGUAAUUAUGGCACGAACCAGAGUUCAGUGCUUAUUGCUUCCCAGAUUUUUCUUAUUAGAAAAAAAUCAAAACCCAGGAAACAUUUGGCAGCGCAGAUUGUUUUAUCUAGAUUGUACUAUACCAUCAAGGGAAUACAUAUUUUCCCACUUCCUUAAGGGUCGGGAUUGGAACAAAUUUAAACACGAUGUCAUUAAAAAAACUUUGUAUUCAUCUGUUAAAUAUAAAUCUCGUUAUGAGGACAUUCCAAUUAUAUGUCGAAUUGUGGAAGCAAAUGAUGAUGAU